AUGUCUGGUGUUGUGCCAUAUGUUGCUGGUUGGGUUGGUUUUGGAUUCACAGUUAGGGUAGUUGCUUUAGCCAUUCAACAAAGACCCCUUUUACAAAAACCCAUGACUCAUGCACUUUCGGCUGCAUUUUUUGGAGGAGUAGGAUCUUAUAUAUAUUAUCUUGAGCAACGACAAUUAGAAUUAAUUCAAAAACGUAAACAUACUUUAUUAGAAAAUAGAAAAAGGAAGAGAGAAUAUGAGGAAGCUAAAGCAAAAGAACAUGCGAUGGCUGCAUAA